ACAGGUGGGAAGUAAAAAGCUAUCGCAUUGCAUUUACCCAGGAGAUGCGAGCAGGAUGACACUGCUGACAGGAGGCUUAAACAUUAUGUCAGUGAGAAGACAUGAACAUUUCCACCAUCGAUCUUCAGGAACCUGUAAACCGUUUUCGUAGUAAUGACUAUCAGCUCAGCCAGCUAAGCUAUCUCCAGGACAGUCCAUCUGAUCAGUUCUCCAAACGUACCGGGCUAGAGGGCAGAGGUUGCGCCGUUGCCAUGGUGAGUCGCGUGACGGCCCUGCGCGUUAUGGCGCUGGUGGCGGGGUGUCUGGGGAUGGGCAUGGCCGGCACCAUCUACGCCGUCAACGCUUACUUUAACGCCAUCAAGAAAACCUUCAACUACACACAGUCUGAAAUGGAAAUAAUUGGAGCCAUGGGUAACUUUGGGGUCUCCCUGGGUCCCGCUGGCUUUGUCUGCGAGCGCUUUGGCGGGCGAGUGACGUCACUGGUGGCGCUCGUUCUUACAUCCUUCGCAUUUUUCAUGACGUAUUCCACAACGUUCGCCAAGGACUUCUACAGCAGCGACAAGGGUCCCUGGCUGCAAUAUUUUUAUUAUUUCAUGGGAGGGUUCGGCGCAGUCUUCUCCUACAUGGCUGCCUUGAGUGUUAACAUCGACAACUUCAGCGGCAAGCACCGCGGCAAGGUUAUCGGUCUCCUCGACGCCAGCUUCAGCGCCGGGCCCGGGGUCAUGGCCUUCGUGUACGGCGCCUUCUUCAUCAACGGCCACGACAAGGACGAGUGGAACCAGGACUUGCGUGGCUUUUACCUCCUCUCCGCCAUUUGCUUUAUCGUCGUUAACGGUCUCGGAGUCGUGUUCAUGGGCAGGUAUCCGCGACAGAGAGUCACUGAUCUCGACAGCCUUGAUUCUACCCCAGUGAGCAGCACGGAACUCGACGAAAUCGCAAACCCCAGCAACCCUGACGUCAGCACGGAGGAGCAGACCGGACUGAAGCUGCUGGGCAUGUUCGACUUCCACUUCCUGACGUGGUCCUACAUCUUCUGUGCCAGCCUGCAGCUCAUGUUCCAGGCCAACAUCUCCACCUUCCUCAAGUCCAGCCACCUGGAGGAGUACAGCACCCUCUUCACGACCUUGACCUUCGCCGUGGGCACGGUGGCCAAGUUUUUUUUCGGCUUCGUCUCUGACGUCAUCGUGCAGCGCGUGCCGCGGGUCACGGUCAGCCUCAUCGCCAUGGUUUUACAGACCAUCGUCCUUACUGUUUGCGUGUUCAUGGCCGACAACUUCACCGUCCUGAUGAUCGGCACCCUGGGCGUCGGCAUCCCUAACGGGGCGACUUGGUGCUUGACCCCGACCAUGACCUCAGAAUACUUUGGGGUCAAGUAUUUUGGUCGUAACUGGGGCUGGAUGAUGCUAGGCAACGCUAUCUUCGGCUUGGCCCUGCAGAAGGCGUUUGGCGCCAUCUAUGAGUCUGAGAUUCCUGUGGUCGGGGAGACGGACUGUUAUGGGCUGAACUGCUACCGCUGGAGCCUGGUCAUCAUGGCCGGCCUCAGCCUCUGCUCCGUCAUCUUCUACGCCGGCCUCUUAGAAAGGCGCCUGGCUUACCGGAAGUACAAGCAAGCAGAAAUAUCCGCUGCUUAUAACCGCAUCCACUGAUCAUGAGCGGAUCACAAUCGCCGCUGUUUACUCAAAAAAAUGUCUUUACAGAUUACAGCAGGGUAACGGGCAGGCCCACAUGGGCAGGUGGCAAUAUAUUUAUUACACACUCCCUGGUCUGGAACAUUCUGACGAUAUGAUUAAAGAUUAAUAACAAUGAAGGUUAAUAGGUACAUAUGCUUGUGGGGGUAGCCCAUGUAGUUGACAAAAUACUCAAACAUUUCUGUUCAUCCAAUCGAGAUAUGAGAUAUACAGUCUUAUGUCUCUACAGCAACUGGAACAAAAUUAAAUUAAGCACUUGUUAUCCUAUCAGCCCGUACGUAAACGCGUGCAAAAAUAGUCCGUGAUUGGGUAGAGGGUUUGGUUCCUUUAUAAACUGAUACACAUAUCGAAGACAGGGUUUUAAGGAUUUUUGAAGAAGUCUGCAAUAUCGGAUGUGGGAUAAAGAAAUCUUAGAAGGCCAAGAGGAGAGAAAGCGCUCAGGGAGUCACUAAGGUUUGAGAAUAAUGACCUGAGGACAAGACUGAAUACUUCAAAGAUACCAACCUAUUUGAUAAGAUGGAAAUCAAUGGUAGACAAUGUGCGAUCUAUUCAUUUAGGCUUGGUAAGAAGCCAUAUGCAACAUUGAAAGUUGAGAGAUGAAAGGACUCUUACUAAAGAUGGACGGGAUCAUGUGGCAAUACUGUGAGGCGUUACGGACAACAUUACAUUGGGAUAUUACACGAUGAUACCUGAUGGGACUGAAUGCUUGGACAUUGCUUGUAAUGCCUUAUGUAGAAUAUUUUAUUGGAAUAGUGUAUGGUGUACAUGUUUGUUUGGAGUUUGUUUGGAUGCUGAAUCUGAUACACGAACACAUUUCUUGAAUACGACUAGAAAUACCUACUUGUCGCUUUUUUCGGAAAGAUAAUAUUUGUUUGUAUUUUUUUUAAAAUACACUAACUUAUUCACAGAA